GGGAGUUUGCUUUCAUUUUCAUGCAGGCAAGGAAGUGAUUGCAAGUCACUAGCAAAGCUUGCUAGUGCUUGAUUUGGGGUGAAUGGAGUUUUCUGAGCAUAUCAAGACUGCCAAUGUAGAAGAUGUUGUGCUCCAGCAGCCUCUGCACCCACCUAGCAGAGGCACCCUGUGUGUCACCGGCCACCACCUGCUCUUCUCGGACCGGCAGGAGGACAGCCCUCGGCAACUUCUGGUGCUCCUCAGAAACAUUGAUGCUAUUGAAAAAAGUGUGGAAAACCUUUUGAGCUACUUCGGCCUCUUUUCUAACACGGGCCGCAGCGAAAGGGUUUCUGGAUCUUCAGGGACCAUCGUCAUCAAGUGUAAAGAUCUGUGUGUGCUCCAGUUUGACAUCCCAGGCAUGGAACAGUGUCUCAACAUCGCACAAUCUAUCGAGACCCUGUCCUGUCUGGACUGUGUGGUGGAGAUGUACCCUUUCUUUUAUAGACCAUCCAAUGCCAUCCCAUGGGACCAGUGGGGCCUCUCAAACCCUGAGAAGCAUUACACAGAAACAAAGGAGCUUCAUGAGAGGUGGAGACUGAGCACUGUGAACCAAGACUACUCCAUAUGUCCAUCUUACCCCCCCGCUGUCAUUGUGCCUACGGCAAUCAGUGAUGACACGCUAAAAAAGGUGGCCAAAUUCAGGCAGGGUGGACGCUUCCCUGUCCUCUGCUACUACCACAGGAAAAAUGGCAUGGUAAUCCUGCGCAGUGGGCAGCCGCUGGCGGGAGCCAAUCGGAAGCGUUGCAAGGAAGAUGAACUGCUCCUGCGGUGUGUGAUUGAGGGCUCAGACAAAGGUUACAUUAUUGACACACGCUCACCUCAGCAGGCACAGCAGGCCCGCAUGAUGGGUGGCGGGUUUGAAUCCAAAUCAUGUUACAGCAGCUGGAAGAGACUGCACAGACAAAUGGAAAGGGGGAAAACACUCCAAGAGAGUCUAAUCAAGCUGGUGGAGGCCUGUGCUGACAAGUCCCAUAAUAUGGACCGCUGGCUCAGUAAGCUAGAAAAUUCCAAGUGGUUGUCUCACGUCCAGACUGCUCUGUCAACUGCUGGCCUGCUGGCAGAGUGUGUGGAGAGGGAUGGUCACUCUGUUCUGGUUCACGGCUCUGACGGGAUAGACUGCACUCUUCUUAUCAGCACUCUUGCACAAAUCAUCAUGGACCCAAGUUGUCGUACACUUGAGGGCUUCCUGGGUCUUCUAGAGAGGGAGUUUGUACAGGCAGGACACCCAUUUCAACAGCGAUGCGCCCACUCAGCCUUUUCCCAUGCUCGUCUCCAACAAGAGUCCCCAAUCUUCCUUUUGCUCUUGGACUGUGUGUGGCAGCUAUGGUGCCAGUUUCCCCUUGCACUCGGCUUUUCGGAGGCGCUGCUACUGAGGCUGGCGACUGAAGCUUAUGCCUCUAAUUACGGCACCUUCCUCUGUAACAGUGAUACGGAACGCUGUGCACUAGAAGUGAAGAACAAAACUCACUGUUUGUUUCGGGCCCUGUUGAAGCCAAAGGAGAGAGAGCAGUACACCAACCCACUGUAUGAGCACACCAAGUUGGCUAUUUGGCCCUCAAUUCACCCACAGUCCUUACAGCUAUGGAGAGGCUUUUUUCUGAGGUGGACCCAACAGACCCGUCACUUAGAAGAUGUCCAGGAGGAAAUAAGGAACAUGGUCAAUGAGUGGGGGAAGACACCACUCAGCUAAUGACCGUUCAUCAACAAAGACACAACAGAUGUAUUUAUAAGAAGGAAUGAUACAAUGUAUACCUUGACGUUCCAAUUUUGAUUCCUACAUCAGUCCUCAUUAACAUUGGCUGGACAGUGUUUUUUAGUG